AUGGUGGUGGCUGAUCAAAGCACGUCCGCGUGUGAUGUAGUGUUCGUGGUGGAAGGCACCGCAAAUCUUCAUGCUUAUUUCGAGUACAUGAAAAACUCGUACAUAUUGCCGACCCUCGAAUAUUUUAAUGGUGGUCCGGUAGUUAAAUAUGGUGACUUUGGCCCUAAGAUUGGCGGCAACACAUUCUACUCUUUGGUGGUUUACAACACAGCAGACUGCGCUCCCAACCAGUCAUGCAUCUGUACGGAUCCCACUACAAAGGCAUGGAAGCUACUUGACAGUUUUGACAACAUAGAGUUUAUUUCGGGAGCUGGUGAAAAGUUUAGUUUGAUUUCUGAAGGUUUGGGCACGGCCUUAACGCUGUUUGACGAUAUGAAAUCUAUGCGACAGGGACAUAGUACAAGUGUACAGGUGCAGAAGCAUUGUAUUUUGAUUUGUAAUUCGCCACCAUAUCCACUGCCGAGUCAAGAAAGCUUUCACUACAACGGUCUUACUUCAGAACAGUUGGCAGCCAUGCUAGCAGAGAGGGGGAUCCAUUUAUCAAUUCUAUCGCCACGGAAACUGCCAGAACUCCAAAAAUUAUAUGACAAGGCUUGCGGAGAGUUACAGAUCGUUGCAACCAGAGACUAUGCUACAGAUCCCCGUCACAUGAUUUUGCUGAAAGGGUAUCAACUUGCAGAAAGAACAGCUGCAAACAUUACUGAUGCCAAAGAGGUUGCCAUAGUGAAACCAGUCCCAGCAGUACUGCUGUUACCAUCCCAACAACAAUUCCACAACCACUGA